UCUCCCCGGGAGGCCACCUUGAGCCGCCAUCUUGGACCGCCAUCAGGACUCUCCCCGGGAGGCCAUCUUGAGCCGCCAUUUUGAACCGGAACCACCUCCCUUCCCCUUCCGGAACUGGAGUCGGCGCUGCCACAGCUGCGAGCUCCUCAGGAAGAAGCUUCCGGUCCCUACAAGCAAAUCCGGCAAGGAGAACCAAUGAGGCCUCGGAUCCUGCUGGCCACUUAGACCUCAGCACCCCGCCCCGUCCCCACAAUGCUGCUCUGGGCCCUCCUGCUCACGCUCAUCUCCCAGGGCGCUGGGGCAGGAGCCUGGGACGACCCUGUCUGCACGGAGGGCGUGGUGUCGGUGACCAGGGGGGCGCCCGCCGAGAUGACCUGCAACAUCUCCAACCCCUUCCUCCACGUCAGCGUCUGCCUGCGGGCCCCCGGCCGGGGGGACUGCCAGCGCCGGGGGGACUGCCGGCUCGUCUUCACCCAGGCGGCCCCGGGGUGCUCCUCCUGGGACGGGUGGCGGCUCUGUGUCGAGGGGCCCUCGGCGAGGAUGGUGACGGAGGAAGCCCGGGCCAGCCAGGCGGGGGAGUACCAGUGGACCCUCGUGGGGGGCCAGACCGAGCAGUUAUGCACGACCCUGAACGUUUCAGAGCCUCCCGAGCAGCCCUCCACGCCCCCCUGGGGGACUCAGGACCCUCGCCCGGCCCAGGACCCCCGCCCGGCCCAGGACCUGCACUCGGCCCAGGACCCGCCCCCGGGGCGGCUGCACGUGGCCCUCAUCCUGGUCCCCGUGCUGCUGCUCUGCAUCCUGGCGCUGGGAGGCCUCCCGUUCUGGCGCAGGAACCUUGGUCGCCCCACGCACGUUCAGUUCCCGUGAGUAGGCGAUGCCCAUCCGAGCGGAAGCAGGCCCCUGCACCC